UUGAGGUGCAUAAUAUCAUUGCACCUCCGCUACUCAAAAGGGAUGCUAACAUUCUAGAAAGUGUCCAGAGACGAGCGACAAAAUGGGUGAUCGGCCUCCGCAACAAAUCAUAUGAGGAACGACUAAAGAAAUUAGGUCUUUUCACACUUAGUUACCGUAGGCACAGGGGAGACCUCAUCACCGUCUACCAGAUCUUAAAUGACCAGGCCCAUUCAAAUAAAAGCAUCCUGCCACUAAGUGAUUAUAGGCUUCCACGAGGUAACCCGCUUAGAAUAGCACACCAGAGACCAAAGACUCGAGUGCGAUCACAUUUUUUUCGCUUCGAGUUUGCCGUCUCUGGAACGCUUUACCGGCGUCCGUGACUACAGCGCCAUCUCUGGAGAUUUUUAAGCGGAAGCUAGACAAUCAUGCAGAAAUGCAAGGUUUGUGUCUCAGUGGCUUAUCCUCGUAAAAAUUAAAACCACACUGUCAAUGGAUAAGCGUACAAGCUAAAUCCCCACGACCUGUUCUGCCUUCUCUCACUGUAUCGACUAUUCUAUCUUUUCCUUAGGUCACCUUUAUUUCUUCACUUAUCUCAACCUAUAUUAUCUACACUACAACCUAUUAUUAUUAUUACUAUUCUGCCUUUAUGACUACACCGAAUGACCGACGGGAGUUAGGUCAAAAUCCAUUCACGGCAGCAAUACAGUCCUAACAUACUGCAUACUACAAACCACAUCUCGACCAAUCCCCGCACCACUCCUCUUGGAGUCUACCAGAGCUAAAGCAGUCGAGUGGCGGGACUUACUACACAGAAGUUCACCGAAGAUCUGGAACCUCUACCUCACAAUCAAGAAGCGAGCUCAAAGAAAUCACUGGUUUAUACUAGCUCGUAAUCAGGAUAUUGGAUAUCGGAUUUUCUUCCUUCACAUUCAAUAAUAUACGCUACAUUGUAUUUUUGGUGGGGCUGGACGUCUUGGUGUUUAAUGACACUAUAUGUGUCAUAAAAAGGUCUGUGUCGUUCUUCCCGUUUGUGGUGUAUUAAUUUGUUUAAAGAAGUCGUAAUUCACCAGCAGAUUUAAGAAAAAAAUCCCCAUUAUCUUACCCUAAGGAUAUAUUGGGGGAUUAAACAAGAAUGGCUCUAGGUCGUCUGUCAUUGAGUUUAUCAUCUUUAAGCCGAUUGACUGUAAACUCAUUUGGCGGCAGCUUUUUUUCCACGAGCUAUAAACUACCAGGGUUAUUUCCAACAUUUAUGUUGUAUCCAGUCAAACCUCAAUUGCGGCAUUUUCGCAACUCUCACGUCGUUUUUGCACCCCAACUCUAUAUUCCUUGCCGUCACAGCACUAUAUUCAGCAACUUCCCAGGUGAAAUGUUGUGGGAAGGUGUGACUGGGCCAAAAGGAGGUUCCAAAAGGCGUGCUAGAGGAAAACGCAGGGUUACAAGGCCUAAGAUCGAUCUUCACCGGGGACAAAGAAUAGGAGUUGGUAAAGCUGGUGUUCAGUGGCCUGGUCUUAAUGCUAGCAUGACAUCCUCAAUCAUUAAAAAGGAUGAUUAUAGUGAAGGUUAUUUUCAACGAUUAGAACAACUGCGUAAUAAAUCCGCAGUAAAGAAAAAGCGUUUGAAACUUGCCCCCUUGGAACGCGGUUGGACAGGCACUCGAUUAGGAGGCCAGUCUAUUGGUCCACCAACUCCAAAUCAUCCAGACUUCGAUUGUCGUGUCAUUGAGUCGAAGGUUGUUGCCACAAUGACUGCAACAAAAGGAAGAUAUCGUAGAUUUUCUGUUGUUGUGGCAACAGGUAAUGGACAAGGUUUGUGUGGCAUUGGUAAGGCAAGGGCGCUUACGCUUUCAUCUGCUGUCCGGCGAGCUAAGUCAUGUGCUUCCCAAAAUAUCAUCUCCUUUGAACUGAAAGAAGGAAGAACAUUAUGGCAUGUUGGACAUGUUUGUGAAUGGAACAGCAAAAUAUUCGCAUCUCCUCUGCCUGAAGGGUCUGGUUUAAUAUGUCAUCGUAUGAUCAAAACUCUAUGUCAAGUUGUUGGAAUCAAAGAUAUGUAUGCUAGAGUUGAAGGAAGUACAACAAAUUACCAAGCCAUCGCCAGAGGCUUUCUCCGUUUAUUAGGCCAACAGAAAACGUACAGUGAGUUGGCUACUAGUUUGGGACUUCAUGUUGUCGAAUUUACGGCUGAUCGUAACAUGUAUCCACAUGUAUUAGCAUCUCCUGUGUGUGGUUCUACCAUUGAUCCGAACAGAAAUGCGUCAAGUGAAUUAAGUGCUCCAAUUACGCGAUCAUCGUCUCAACAACAAAUUGAAGAACUCCCACUUUUAGCUAUUUCUAAUCCAAUACGCCAUCGACCUCGAAAACCCAAACCUGAUGAACAUGAUAGUUUCUUAGAUGACCUAGUCGAUGACAAUGAAGACAGUACAGUGGAACAUGAUAUUUCCGAAUUGUUGGCAGCAGGUGAACGUGAUUUAAACGCUCUUAUGUUAGGAGGACGUGUUCUACUGAAGAAACGACCAUUAAGUAGCUCCCAAUCCACUGAUCCUGGUGUCCUUAGACGAAAGGCGGAAUAUCACCGCUUCCGAAACCACAAGUCUGUUAGACGGCAGAGGGAAGCACAUACAGCAUUAUGUCGGUCUAUGUGUUCACCUUAAUGAUCAACCCUUGUAUAUUUGUGUUCCUUUAAAAAAGAGAACCGUUAUCUUGCUUUCUAAUGUAUUUAUUUCUGUAUUGUAAUUUACUUCAUUGCGAAAGCCUCUAGUAAAAGUUUGACACUGAAAACCAAUUGUUUUCUUUCAAAGUACACUUCCGCCGAUUGUUUUAAAUGUGAUACUUGCAGCGACGUAUCGAUCUUAUCUUAGUAUACCAACAGUGGUGGGAUUGUUUUAUACCCAAUAAUCAUCUGUCGUUGCUGUUCAGAGAAUUCAUUAACUACCUUUCAAGUGUUUUAUGAUGAGCUUUAAAACUAGGAAUGAUAGAGCUCAUAUAUAUUUGGUGCUUAGCUGUAAAGCUGUAGAUUAUAACAAAACUGAUGUGCUUUAAGAGCCUUAUCCAAUUUUCAGCUGAGCACUGACUUCAGAGUUUGUAC